AUACGUGGGUAACCAGUUAAAACCACACCAUUAAACGUUAUGUAUUUUAAAUUGGACUAAUUCAAUACAGUGAUCUACCGAUCUGUAUAUUUUUCUGCACCAUACAUUUCGAUUUAAAACGUUCAAUUCGACUGAGGUCAAAGCAGUUAAAGAGGGCAUAUUAAUAUGGUGUUAUACUGUUAUGCAAUGGUCAAGGCAUUUCGAAGGAGCUAUAAUAUACAAUAAUAUUAUACUAAAGCUAAAUCGUGUUGUGUACUGGAUAGUAUAAUACGUAUAAGUUCUAUGUUUAUUUUUGGUAUUAUAUUUAGAUAGACGAAUACGAAUAGUUGUGAUAUAUUUGUUUUUUCACUUAAUUAUUUGUGAUGGCUUACAUUUAUUGUAUGACAAGUGGAUUAAAUUAAAAAUUGUGUUAAUUAUAGUAAUAAAAUGGUAAACGGAGAAUUUUCUUUUAAGAGGGCGUUUAUUACACACACCCGAAGGCAAAUUGUACGUAGAUUCACAAGGUCUUUGCCAAAUUUGAGGGUUUUACCCGGAGGAUGGCAUAAAAAAAUAUUCAUCAAAGCAACUAAUAAAUUGAGAAAAAUUCAUAUGAUUUGGAAAAAUAAAAGAUACAAAAUCUCACAAGAUUUAAAACGCAAAAAACAAAUGGAACUGAAAAUGCUCGCUGAAUAUCUUUUUAAAGACAAAAAAUGCAGCUACGAAUGUAAUACACGUUGUUUGUUUUUGGUCGAACGAUUGAAUUCAUUAGAGAAGUAUUUAAAAAUGACAUUUAUGCGCACUCUAAAUGAAAAAUACCUUUAUGGUGUCAAAGUGACAAAAUUUGACCGGAAAGGAUACAAACGAAGAACUAGACUGUUGAUACUGACGAACAAAUCUUUAUGUUUAAACCAAAUACUUAAAAACAAACUAAAACCCAAAGAAAAGAUACCGUUGGAUUUUAUAAAUAAAUUAGAAGUCACUUCGGGAAGGGAUAAUUUUCUUCUCAUCAAAAUUUCACCACAAUAUAAACACAACAAGGGUGAUAUAAUUCUUGAAGUUCCAUAUUUAAUAGAAUUUGUUACUAAAUUUAUUAACAUCUCUGGCGACUAUAAGUUGUUAAAUAUUAACACACUAGGUGUCAAUCAAACGUUAUUACAUGAUAUAAAAGGUUCCAAAAGUGGCGUUAUAAAGUUAAAGGAAAACAAUUCCACGCCCAGUAUUACUAAAGAUAAAUACAAGAAUUUGAUUGUUUGUGGAUAAAAAUAUUAAAUACAAUUAAUAUAUUUUACGUCCAAUACUAUAUAUUAUCAUCUAUAUUGUUGUCUGUUAUAGUGUUAUACUAACAUCAAAUAUUGUCGUAACUUUAAUUUACGUUUUACGUAAUAUAAUUAAUAUACAAUA